AUACCAAGUGUCGACUGUAGAUUAUCGAAUUGAACACUUUUUUCCUAAUUUAAAAACUUUUUUCUCUAACGUUAAGAGAACACUACUAAAACUUUAUAAAUAAAAAAGAAUUAUUAAGUUUCAUCAUGCUAACUUUAAACAGAAUUGCAAGAUCUUUUUUGUCAAACUCAAGAACCUUCCAGACUUCUGCUGUAGUAAGACACGAUACAAUGUUUAAUCAUCGUGAUACCAAGGAAAAUAAUCUUGAAAUCAAAUUUGAAUUUAAUGAAGAAAACAAAAAGAGGAUUGAUGCUAUAUUGGCUAUAUACCCAGAAGGUCACAAGCGAGCAGCUAUGAUACCUUUGUUAGAUUUGGCUCAAAGACAGCAUGGCUGGCUGCCUAUAUCAGCAAUGCACAAAGUGGCUGAUAUCUUAAAAUUACCAAAAAUGAGAGUGUAUGAGGUGGCAACUUUUUACACAAUGUUUAUGAGACAACCCACUGGUAAAUACCAUGUACAAGUAUGUACGACAACGCCAUGCUGGUUAAGAGGAUCGGACGAAGUAUUAGGAUGCCUAAAAAAAAAACUCAACAUUGGCGUGGGAGAAACAAGCAAAGAUGGUCAAUGGACCCUGUCCGAAGUUGAAUGUUUGGGUGCAUGUGUCAAUGCACCAAUGGUACAAAUCAAUGAUGAUUACUAUGAGGAUUUGACAACCAAAGACGUAGAAGAAAUUAUUGAUGAAUUAAAAAAUGGAAAAACUCCUACUCCUGGGCCUAGAUCUAGUAGAUUUGCAUCAGAGCCUAUUGAUGGAUUAACAUCAUUGAAGGAAGAACCUUAUGGUCCUGGAUUUAAAGUGCGCCCAGAUUUGUAAAAACACAUUUUAUUUUAGGAUUACAUUGUAAUUUUUAAAAUGUGAUCAUUCUAUUAAGUGUAUGUUAAGGCAUUAGUCUUUUAUUCUAUUUUAUAAGAAAAAAUAAAAAUAUGUAUCUGUUGUUAGCAAUGCAUCAUAUAAAAUGUUUACAAUUAGUUACAUAAAGCUGCACCUAAUAACUAUGUUUAAACAUUAAGGUAAAAAAUUGUUGUCUGGCGUAUUUGUUUUUUCUAAUACAACCUUUUUUUGUUUUAUACACAUAGUUCUAUGGCCUUUUAAAUUGUGCUCAUGUUUAAACCGGCGUUGACAUUUUGUGCAUUCAUAUUUUAAAUCUAGACCACACACUUGACUUCGAUGAUUCAAUAAAUUAGAUCGAUUAUCAAACGAAUCCAAACAAUCCGGGCACGUGUGUUUUUCAUCGAGCCGAAGAUUCAUAAAUAACUUUUCAUCCAAGUCAUCUGAAAUUGCUAAAUUUGUCAACAUUGUAAAAUACAAAUGUGAAAUAAGUAUGUUGUGUAAGCUUAGUAGUUAUAAAUAUAGAUGAUAUAUUAAAGCGAUAUGUGUAGGUAAUGUUUUUAAAACUAACUACAUUUAUAUGGACUAAUAAAAUCAAUUAUAUUAAUCA